UUAGGACGCGUGUAACAACUUCAGAAAGUCGCAUCUGCUAGAUAACGUCGUUCAGUUAUUCAAGUGCUGCUUGUGUGGUGAUAAGAUGAAACGAAUGUUACUCUGUGUCUUACGGCUAUGAUUGUUUUAGAAGAUGAACGUAAACGAUAGCCAAUAAAUAAAGUGCGCGAAGUAACCUUUAAUAGUUUGCCAUUUAUUGUCUUAAAUGGACGCAGUGUAGGAAACGCAAAUUUGCAGUCGCUGCAUGAAAGACAACAGGUUGAGUUAAAGGACUGCAUGAGAGAAACAUAUCUCGGAAUUAACACAACAAUAUUUGUGCGCAAUGUUUUAAAACCUAUACCACAAAACAACUAACGGUAGUGCUCCGAGCAAGUGACUGCGCAACGAAUAUUUCUUAUAUAUUGGCUAACCUGUACCCGGGCAAUGCUGUGUUUUUCGAGGUCCGCGCUGAUGGCUGAAUUAUUUAUAUGAAACCAAGAAUUGUAAUUCGCGUAAUUCAUUAUGCCGAGAAUUAAAGCGUCACCGAAAAAAUGUGUUAAGUCACCGAAUCCUCAACAGCCUUCGAAUACAUGGGUAUUGCUCCUUAAAGGCGAAAAUUUGGAUGGGGCAGAUGGGACGCCAGAUAUCGUACAAUUAAGACAUCCACUGUCUGGUGCACCGGCAAUGUUUAUGUUUUCACCAGGAGAUGGGAUGGUGCAGGAGGUUUUAACAUUCUCUGAAAAUAAGAGGUCGUGGUUUAUUGAAGAUUCAGUGAAAUCUGAUGGCAAAAUGCAUUUAUCUACGCCAAUAGACCCAAUAUUUCUAGUUAUACCAUACUUGAGAAAGACAAGUCAUGCUGUGCCUCUGGACCAGUUAUUGAAGGAUGAGGACUACCCUGAGACAGAAAGACUUCUUAGGUCGACUGGCCUGAAACACUUAUCUCAAGUUGCAGACAAAAAAGGGGAUGAGGAGCUAAAUGCCUACAAGUACAAUGAAGAGAAAGCUCUCAAUUGGCUGCAACGUAAGACAGAACGUGUGGCAGAAGUUCUGAAGCAGAAAGGUGUUCAAGUGAAUAAUGUUGCAACAGCGGCCACCUUUGUUAAAAGUGGAAAAACCGAGUCUGAUGACCCUGAAGCAUAUCUUAAGUAUGCCCACGGCCUUGUAUCUGAGUACCUGGCAGAUGACCUUAGCCUGCAGCUACUUCGUAAGCUGGGACUGCCAGAGGAGCAGCCAUCUGAGUCAUCAAAGCGAAAGCUUGCGCCUGCACAACAGGCAUCUGAAACUAAAAGGCCCCGUCAAGAUGAUUUGCCUAAUGGAGAUGCACUGGAUCUCACCAAGCCUGAAAAGGUGCUCAUGGCUGCAAAAACCAGCAUUACAGCAAAGGAAAAAGCUCGUAUGAAGGCUGCAUCAGGAUCUAAAAGUAUUUCCUCAUUCUUUAAGAAGAAAUAAAGUGGUGAAUAAAUGAAUGAAACUGUUGUCAACUUGUAUGUGUUCCUAUAAUUGAAUUUUUUUCAAGUGGGACAGUUCCCUUUUAUAUUCACCAGUUUUUACUGUAAGUACUUCUUUCUUGUGCAAAAAAUUGCUGAGAAGAAGAAAUAGUUUUAAGCACUUUUGUGUGGCAGUGACUAGUACCUGCUCUGUAUGUGCAUGUGUGUACAUGUGUACGAGAGAGAGAGAGAAUAUGUGUUCAAAGCAUUUUAAAUUGUGCACAAUAAGUUUGGUAGAUGGACAGAAUCGAAUCCUUGUUUUAUUAUUAGUUAUUGUAAUAUAAAAAAAAUUUGGUCUCACUGAAUUAUAGAACUGACGGUUUUCAUGAUCUAAAGAGCAGAUCUGUACACAUAUUUUGAUUGUAGCACCUAAACUCAUUGUUUUGUGGAAACACAUUUAUUGUUUUUGUUAUACCUUAGAAAGUGAAGAAUUUGUUCUUUUGGUCUUAAAUAUAAGCUUUGUGUUAUCUAUUGACUUAUGUGGGACAACUACUUAAAACACUUGCAUUAAUUUUCCAAAAAUCACUACAUGAAAAAUGUGGUAAAAGUUGUUAAAAUGUCAUAUAAAACUCUGUAAAUACCUUACCAGCUGGUGGUGGGUUGAUACUGGUGAAUUUUGUGUGAGUCUUUGAAUAAGCACAACACUGAAAACUGGAUGAUUGUUGUGAAAUUGACAAAACAUUUGAAUUUAUUACUCUAUUUGUUGGUAGCUGUAAUUGUAUUACAUACACCAUGAUUUUUUAAUAUAUAAAAGAAAUGAAUAACUGGAAGAGACCAGGUAAUUGAGAUCACAUUUCGGUUUUGUAAUAGCUGUGUAACGGGGAAGGUCAAUUUUUAUGCAGUGACUUGGAAAUUCAAAGAAUCUCUGCCAUGUUUAAGAUAUAUUUAUUUGCAUCUUUUCAGAAGCUUGCCAUAAUAUCUGUUAAAACUGAUUUGUAAAACAUAUUUUUCCUGUAGUACCAUAUUUUGCAGUCUAAUUGGAACAGUCACAAAGUCUGGGUUACAAAUGUGUGCAAUGGUUGUGCAAUGGUAGAUGUCCUCUGGCGGUACAUAAAUUUGGAAGCUUUUCAAGUAAGUUAACCGGAGGAUAACAGUACCUGAUGGGGAUCGAGCCCAUUCAGAAAAAAAUGUAGCUAUUCAAGGUUUUAAACUUAACUGAAAAUAUUUGUUAUUGAAACAUGCAAUGUAAAAGGAAUGAGAUUUUCAAGUGGCUGUGUGCUGUAGACACCAGAAUGUUUCCUUUCAAAAGUAAUAGGCAAUGUUUCGUAUAUUUUCAAAGUAUGAGUUGUCAUGAAACGUGUGUACAAUAUGACUGACACCAUGUGUCACCAUUUUCUUCAUAUACUUCUAUUCUGUAAGUUAUACAGCCAAAAAAAUCAGUGAUUUGUGUUUCAUGUCUGUGCAGCUGACUUGUGGUCGCUUACAAAGAGCCGUUAGGUAAAUGGGGGACCUUCGGAGGUAAAUGCCUGACACCGAACCCUUUAAAAUCUGGGAAGUUUGUUUAUGUGUUGUUUAUUCAAUAGAAAAUAUGCAUCUACAUAACAUGCUGUAUUGUGAUAUUUUUAUGUCCAGUAUAGAUACACUUCCUUAUCUUCGCCUCAGAUGAUAGCUAUCACACAUCGGUGUGGUGACCAUUACUUUAUCUAGUCAUGCAGUGUUGCAUGUAAUGUAAUACUGUUGACUGACUGAUACCACUUCAUAUGGGGUUCAUACAGCAUCUGAUCAGCAUCAAUAAGUCGAGAAUAACAAACUGGUACAGUUUGCGUAAACUGCAUACACCAAUCAUCCCUGUUUUAAUACCUAAGGAAUCAGGCAGCAGGUGAAGCAACAGUCUGUUGAUUGACUAUUGCUCUAUAGGACAAUAGAAACCUGCUGUUAAUGAUAGUUUUUUUAAAAAUGUGUGUGUGUGUGUUCCAUUAAUUACAUUCAUAAUUAACUGCACAUACUGACUUUUGAAAAACCCAUGUGAUACUUGACCUCUUUGCCCCAGCAUAAAGUAUUUGUAUUUGGUACGUACUGUUUCUUUAGAAAACUGAUUGUCUUUGUUUUGUUGUGAACUGCAUGACUUGACAGUGAUAAAUUGGCAUAAUUGUACUAGAAAAGUUACAUUUCAUGUCUGAUGAUGCAGACAGAUAUUUUCAUAGAAUUUGGUACAGAUGUAUGUAAUAAGUUACAAGCAUGGAUAAUCAUAAAAGUACUAGUAAUUACAUCUUAACCUCGUUUCUGCUCAAGUGUAGGCAAUAUGCAUUUUUUUAAUGUUUUUAAUCUGAGUUAUGAAGGUAAAAUGAAUUAUUAGGCACCUUACAUUAAAUUAUUAUUGGAGGCCACUUAGGUCUUUUCAAUGUUGUGUCCACUAUCUGAUGUACAGUUGUAAGAGGUGAAGUGCAUUUUUCACUCUAUAAAUGCGAACAUUUAUAGAAUAGUGUUAUCUCAUUAUGUCAGUAAAUUUCUGUAUUUACAUUUAAGCCAUUGUCCUCAAACCUCCAACAUUAGUUUUUAUAAAAUGGAAAAAAAUGCUAUUUGGUUUUUGGACUGUGCUUGGUUUUGGACUGUGCUACUUGUGCAGGGCUUUAAUGGGAUUAAGAUAUUGUUGAUCUGAAUUACUACUACCUGCAUUUAGAAGAAUAAUUCAUCAUGUUUCAUAGGUGCCCAAUAUUUUAUCUGCACAGUUCAUUUUUUAAAUGGUUUCUGACUUGGAGCGGUCAGUAUAAAUACAGCUGCAUAGUAUGGGAGAGAAAUAAGCAUAAUGUAUUUGUGUAUAGUAAAUGCAUGGAAUAAGAACACUAUUAUAUUUUGAAGCUUUGGUACUAAAUGGAGAAAGGGAUAAUUGAACUUGGUACGACUAAAUUAAAUUAUGACUUAAAGGUAAACAUUCAUUUAAUCUGAUUUCAGUUUUACACCAAAAUAAAAACUUCUAGUUCAGGAAUAAGAACAAUAUAUAUAAACUGCAUUUGAUAAAUGGAUGUGUGAGAAAAUUUGUGCUAUGAAAACUUUUCCAAUAUGCAUGAAGUGUGGUGCUUGGGACUUGAGAGAUGUAUUCCAAGAGAAGUGAUAAGUUCGUAUGAGAUUAGUAGGGGAAAUGAAAUAUUUUAGAAAUAAAGAACACCACUCACUGAAAUCAGAAGCGUUGAACCUUUGAUAGGUGCAUGUGAAAAAAAGACAUAACUCCUUCUUGAGCUAGAGCAUGCACGCAGCAUGCGCCCUGCGUUAUCUACGUCUUGGGCACAGCUGUGUUUGUGUGUACUGUAGCUUGAGAAAGUAUUUACUCUGAAAGGUUUUCUGUCCUUUUUUGUGUGCACCUGUUGACAACUUAUCACUUCUGGUUUUCAGUAAGUGGUCUCCUUUAAUCCUAAAGUGUUUACAUGCUACCAAAACUUACCUGCUAUACAUGAAGGUAGAAGAAUGUAUCAGACUUAACAGUUUUUUAAAAGGGUGGUGAAAAAAUUCUGAAGGAAAAAUCCACCUAUCAUACAGAUAGAUUUGGAAAACUGAUGGAAGAAUAAAGAUGCUCAUGGUUGGUGCUCCUAGAAAGGCAAGUGGCAAAUAUUCUCAUGGAAACAUGCUACCACAUUAUUUCAUGUAAAUAAAAUACUGCAAAGUGGCAGAGGUGAAACGUGCAGCAACAAGAGAAUGAUUUACUGAAAAAUAAGUGGUCAGGUACCAGUAUAGAUACAGUGAUUAAUAUUCCAUUCACAGAUAGUCUGUUGUGAGCAGGACAGAAUCAUGAAAAACAUUACAAUUUUUUUUUGUUCAACCUGUAAUGCAGAAAACAAUUAGAGAACUGUGUUGAGGGUAUCUAUUACAGUUCUCAAUUGCAUCCUUCAGGAAUAUUAAUGCUUUAUAUUUGACUGAUUUUUAGCCAUUGGAACAAUGUCUUGCUUAAGAAGAAAACGUACUCUUUGUCUGCCAUUAUGAUAUGACAUUGAAGGUUGAAGUCAGCUGAUUAUAUUCAAACUCAGGCUUAUGAAAGCAGUGAUACUGACAAAUUUUUAGUGAUGUAAUUAGAAAGUGAAGACAGAAAAGAAUUUAAUGGUUGAUAAGUUGAUAUGAAACUGCUGACAUCUUCCGAAAAUAGUUUUGUUAUCUGAAAUCUUAUGCGCAUAAGCCUUCCAGUAUUUGAGUUUGUGACUGUGAUUGGAAAGGAGAAAGAUGAGAAGAUUAUUUGGUUCCAGUAAUAAGACUUAAUGGAAGGAAUUUAUUGCUUGAAAUCUGGAAUCUGGUAAUCAGUUGGGGAACCUGAUUUAGAAAUACAAAGAUAGAAGCUCCAGACAUGAGUACCAACAGAUGAAGUGGGCUAUACUUUCAAGUUGUUACAUACAGAGUAAACAAUGCUAAAAGGAAAAAAAAAAAAUAUCUGAUUUUCAUAAUGCGCCAUCAUGCUGCAUUAUGGUACCCCCCUAAUUUAUAACCAGUUUGUCUUAGAAUUUGACCAUCAGCAGGUAUACAAAAAUUGAUAUUAGCAGCACUUCAUUUGGACAUACAUGGUAUUUAUCAAAUGACUUGAGGUCUUAAUGUCACGUUCUCUGUGCCAUAGUUCCCCCCCUAGCAUUGUUAUUUUCCUACUAUUAUUACUAUUUUACAGAAUUGAGACAAAUGUGUAAGAAUCUUUUAGGUAGCAGCUUUUAAGAGACGUGGUAAAUAAUUAUUCGUAGUGGUAACAAUAAAUUUCCAUGAUUGUACAAUAAUUACUCUUAAAAGAACAGCAUAUCCUUGAAGCCAAAGUGUGAUGUAGAGAACAGUGACACUGUAAGAGCAGUUCUUUAACUACUUUUCUCAUACUCUUGUUCAGUACCACCAAGUAUCUUUAGAAAUGGGCACAUUUAUGGUACCAUAUAUAUAUGUGAGUGUGUCACAUGCACGCUCCACUUUAUGCCCUAUUUUCCUUUAUUGUUCAUUUCCCAGUAGAUUUCAUUCACUUUCUCCCAUCUUGUGCGUUUCUCCCAGCUUAUUCGUGCAAAUUUUGGCAAUUUUCUUUCCAUCAUCACUCUGCUGUGUACUAUCAGAACUGCAUAAUACAAUACAAAUAUGGUAAUGAGAUUGUGUAAUUGGUAGGUAGCAGUGGAGAAGGUUAAUGACAAAUGAGCCUACUAAAAGUAGUAUGGACCCUCUUUUUUUUUUUAAGUGAUUGUGGCUCUCAACACUGUUCAUGUGAUUUUGUGGGCUCAGUAAAGUAUGUAAUGGUUUGAUGAAACUGUGUUGCGUAUCUUAUAUCUUUUUGACAAAUUCAGGACUUUUUAAAAAGUAAAACUAUUUUCAUAAGGCCAUACCUUCUAUACGAACGAAGAAAAAAAAAGUUGUGGCUAGUUGACUUGUACUUAUGGCUACAAAAGAAACAUCUAUUUUUGUAAGGGUAUUUCUUUUACAUGCAUGUACAUAGAACCUUGGGAUGCUUCUUACAAUUGUGUGUAAGAUUAAAGCUUAUAUUUAGAUUUCGAAAAUUUUCUGUACGCUGCGCCCCCCCCCCCCUCCCCCUCCACCAGGUAUAUUACAAUGUUUCUGUAGUAACUGCAUUCAUUGCUGUUGUUACAUCAAAAUUGUUGCAAGAGGAACACCACCCCAGCCACACAUUGAGAAACCAGGCAACCUAGGACACCAGUUGUAUAAUGCAAGUCCCAUACACCCCUUAUGCUGUGGGAGGUACAGCACCUCACUCUCAACGUAAAUUACACUGCACUGUUGUAGCUGAAUUGCACCUAUUGAAAUGGAGAACACAAAACGGCUUUCAUUGCUGAGUCAUCAAUAUCUUGACUUGACACACAUUGGAUAACAAAAAGUAAACAAGCUAGUCACUGUGCUAGGGAGACUCUAAGGGGUGGUCACAUGAACUGGAACAUACAAAAUGAAGCCAAGAUUUGAUGCGUAAUUUAUAGAAACCCAAGUUUCUAUCAUCAUUCAUGUAGGAAAUAUAGUCUUGUGAAAGCAGAUGUAAUCUUUUUGAAACACCUCAUAUUGUAGCUGCAUGCAUGUUCCAUCAUUCCUUCCCAGUUAAAGAGGCAGGCUAAAAAAAUAUUUGUUUGCUAAUAAUAAGCCUCUUCAGUGAGAAGUUCAAAAUAUUUUUUUAUGUUAAGUUGAGAUGUCGAUCAAUUUGAAGUUACAGUCAAACUAAAACUGGAGAUGAUGCCUGUGUUUUUAAAGUAGUCGGAGCAGUUAGUAGAGUAGACAGACAAUCACAGUAUUUGCUUAUACAACAUUAUAGCUUUAAAUAUUUUGUUAGAUAAUGUGCAAAACCUGUUUUUCAUAUUAGUAUACAGGUGCCUAACAGUUCUUUGAGAUCACAGAUAAACAUACACACCAAACAAGUUGUAUUGUAUCAUAUUUAAUCCAUGUAAGGGCCUUUCGAUUCGGAGAUAAUGAAAGGAAAUUGUGUAUCUGUGGGAAAUGAUAGUCUGAGAUGAUUCCACAGUUUGGCUUUAUGGAAGCACUGUUAUUUGUAGAAUCCAAAAUGGGCUUAAGAAACUGGAAAAAAAUUGUUGAUUUUUUUCUACCCUCCUUAUUAUUAAUCAGAAACUGAGUUAAUUUCCAUCCAGAUAAAAUGAUGUCCUCACCUGUAACCCAUUCACCUUUCUAAACACCCAUGACUUCCUACUGUGUCCUUCAAUGUAUGAGUUUUACUAAAAUAUAUUUGAUGUGCAACAAUGUGAACCUAUUAACUGGAAUAACACCGGUAGUAGUUUAUUUGUAAUAAAUAUGGAUACAAUAAUAUUGAUAUAGAAGGCAAUUAAUUAAAGAAGUCCAAAUCAUGAAAGAAUUACAGUGGCCUAUACCAGUUUCUUUGCUACAUUAAUUAUGUCCUGCAACAUGUGUAUAUAUGGAAUGAUUUAUAAGCACAGUAAAGAAAACAUUCAGUCUGUUGUACAUAUCUUGGUAUGCUAAAUGGUGGAAACCGGGGUGGGGGAAGCUGUCCAAAGUAUAUUGUUCAGGCAGACGAGCUCAAUGCACUAGAGAGAAAAUGCUUUGUAGUUUAUUUCUGAGAGUGGUGGCGUAAUGGUUACGGCACUGGACUUGAAUUUGGGAAGGAUGGGACUCAAAUCCUUGUCCAACCCAGGUUUAGGUUAUCUUUUGUUUCCUAAAAAUGCUUGAACGAAUGUUACAAUGGCUUCUUAGAAAAUGGUGUAGUUUGUUUCCUUUGCCUAAUUGAAUCUUAUGGAUCAUAACUGAAGGCAUUGUCAUCAGUGAAAAAUGAAACCUUAAUCACUUUUCAUUUUUUAAUUUGUUGCUUAAUAAGGGUUAAAAUAUGCCUCAUAAUACUAUUCGGAAAUGAUUUAAUGAAAUUUUAUGAUAAUAAUGCAGAGCAAAUAAAAUGAAGGAAAGCUUUCUUUAUGAUCUUGGCUCUACAGUCAGGGAGUGGUUUUAAAACUAUUCACAUGGUGGCACAUCGUUAGAGCACCAUAAUGUCUCUUACUUUACUUCUGUCAUGAAACCUGUUUGUAUUGACAACAUUUAAAGUGUCUAAUAAGUUAAAACCAUGUGCUGAAGCAGUGCUUCUUCUGUACAAUGCUCAUACUUGUUGUAAGCAUUGCCAGUGAAAGGUAAGGAUUCAUUUCUGAGUACCCUUCCAACGUGUACCUUUACUGUCACAGGAAAUUUCACAAAUAUGCUGUGCUCCUUAAUGAAACAUACUGCUUGAGAAAAAGUGGUGUUUGUUUUGAAAAUGGAGGUGUUCAGAUCACUGUGAGAUCAAGUCAACACAAGACCUACUGUGUCUCUCUCUCACUCACACUGUCCCUGUUUCUGUCUCUUGAGAUAUUUACAAAAAUGAUACCUUGUAAAGGAUUCAGACAUUUCUUUCUCCAUCCUUUUCCAGCUGAGAUUAUAACCUUCUUCUCUUUGCUGUGUAACCCUUUUAAUUCCCAAUAAUAUAUUUAAAAAAUCAAAAUUUUGAUAAAAUUGACCUUUAUCAUCAUAGUAGAAAAUGAACGUAAGAAGAAAUGGGCGAAAAGUAAACAAUCAGUUGUUCGAGCUGGUGGUUUCACUUUGGCACCACUGCGACACACAGUUUUCUAAUAUCCAUCAUUUCAUUAGGUACAUUUGAAAGCAAUUUUGCAGUUGUGCUGGACACAAUCCUACAUCUUGAAACUUCCAUCAACUCAUAGUGCCUAAAACUACUUGUUGUCCUACAUAACAAGCAAAAACGGUCCAAAAUUCAAUAAAUUUGUAUGAAAAGUACAUAAUGCUGCAUUGUUUAAUUUUGAAAUUACUCUUAAAAGCAGUACUACAAAUCAAAUUUACAUUACAAUAACUUAAAUUGUGCUUACUUCCACUCUCAAUGAUUUCGAUAAAAUCACAAAAAAGGAAAAAAUCACACAUCAUAUUCUCCUACAAUCGUGCAGCACAGUCUCUGUACUGACUGUUGUUUGUAUGCUACAAGUGACUGCUACGGUGUGCUACAUUCUUAGAAGUACCUCAACAUGCCACUAAUAUGUCACUGUCUUGUAAUAGCAUGGAAACUUUAUCCAAAAGGUAUUUAUACUUCAAAACAACAUUUAAAAUGGUGGUUUCAUACAAAACCACUAAUACUCAAAGGGUUAAAUGCAUGUAAUGAAGUGGAUAUGGGAAUUAGUGACAUGAAUGUUACUGUAGUAAUUUGUGCUAUUAAAAGUGUGGAAAUCAAUGAAUGGUUGAAUGAACCCUUUAAUGAUUGUGAUUUUUUUAGAAUAUCAGGAGAUGAGUGUUGCAGCAAAUUAAUGAUUUCAAGACAGGGACACACAAAUUUGCAGACAUUAAAUUUGAUUAAAAAGAAGAUGAAUGUCAUGAAUGAGGAACAGAGAUAUUUCAGUUGAAGAGACUAAGGAACAAGUCAGAAUGUUCUAUGAAGUAUUAUAGCUUUACUUGUGUCAUUAAAAAAUAUGUGAUGUCGUCACUAUGCUUGUAAAGGGCUGAUGUAAUGGCUCGUACUACAAUAUAUGCUUUAUGUGUUCAAAAAACUGACUCCACAAGCAUAAGAAACUGGAAAGCAUAAAAGAAGAGCUGCUUCCUCUGACUGUCCAUACUGUUGAUUAUAAACUAAACUUAUAAUGGGCAUGGCCUUGUGAUUUUGAACAUAUAAUCAAGCAUAGCCAUUUUCGUGCUGCAGUAUACCUUUUAUUUAAAAAUGUUGUUAUAACUCCCACUGACUACUUCUGAAAUCAGUGCGGGUCCACAUUUUGCUUUGUUGCAGUUAAGAGAGACUUUUUGACUUCUGCAGAUAUUUACUUCCAUCCACAUCAACUCAGUUUUUGGCUUAUUAUGGCCUAUCUUAUUCCAUUUAGUACAUGCGUAAAUGUUUACACCAGUCACACUUUUCACUUCUGGUUUGAAGAUAAAAGGUUCCAGCUGUCUCUUCGUUGAACCAGCUGCGUGGAAAGUCCCAAGUAUUUUAAAAUUGAUAUUUGUUGGCAAUUAUUGUAUUCUGUUUAUUUAUCUAUUUUUCUUAUAAACAGAGUGAAAAUUGUUGUUUAAAUAUGGAAUGUGUACAGUUUUAACUGAGUCCAGUGUGUGUACCUGAGAAAAUAAAAAUCAUAAGCAUUUCAUCAUAAUCAUGACAGUAGAAAGCAAAUUGCUGUUCUCUAAGAUUCAGCAAGCCACUCUUAUAUUAAUACAGUGGCUACUAUUUGAUAAAUACUCAAAAGUGUUUAAGUUUAAAGAUGUUUAUACUGUCACUAUUCAGAGUGAUACAUUCGUAACUCUGAUAUCUAUAACAAGAUUUCAAAACUCUGUGCAGUUGCAGGAGACAUGAUUGUGCUUCUUUGAAUUCAUCUGAGUUGCAAAUAUAAUGACAGUACCUAAGCCUUAAUUAUUGUGUGUCAUUUUAAUACAUUAAAUAUGAUGGUAAUAAUGAUGACAAAGUGGGUGAUUGCAGUAUGUGUGUGUGUGUGUGUGUGUGUGUGUGUGUGAGAGAGAGAGAGAGAGAGAGAGAGAGAGAGAGAGAGAGAGAGAGAGAGAGAGAGAGAGUGAGAGAGA